GCGCCUCACCUCAGGUUGUGGACAGAGCAGCGGGGAUCCCAGAGGGGUUCGCGGGUCGGACCUGGAGUACCGGCCCGGCGAAGCGCGCCGCUGUCGCCCGCACGUGACUGGCUCGGACAAGAUGGCAUGAGCGGAGAAGCGGCCGGAUCCCAGAUGCGCGCGUGCCGCCGCCGCGGGGACUGCGCCCGUUUGCCUGCCCCUCGUCGGGGAGCGGGCGCGCCCUCUGAGACCUGAAAGGGCACCCAAGUGCCCCCUGUCUGCGAAGUCCGGCACGGGCCCUUCGGCGCCCCCGAUGUCUCUAGGCUUCCGCAGGAGGCGCCCUGUAAAUCUUGAGUCUUCCUGCAGCGAGGGGGCACAGGACAGCUGUGAAUUGGGACGAACGAGCCCAGAGCCCCGGGAAGGAUCAGAACCUCGAAGGCGGCUUCAAGUCGGCCCCGCAGCCCGAGGUGACCGUGGGCGGUUACGUUGCCCGAGCUCGCCCCCUCCUCCUGAGCGCAGGUGCGCGUUGGACAUACACCCGCCCACCUGCUCCGGAAAGUUCCCUCCAGAAGGGAGUUCCCGCGCCACCGAGACACGGGAGCUCCCGAUCAGACUCCCGGGCCCUGAAAGGAGUUCUCGGACAGGGCCCAGAGGCGCCCUCACCGCAAGAAGAAAGUCUGGGGUUCCCACCGUGUGCCAGGUGCGAGCUCAGGCCACCUCCCUCAACCGCUCUGAGAAAUAUCCCACUUCACAAACUUGCUCAAAGUCACGCUGCUGGCUGGAUUUGAAUCCAGAUUUUUUUUUUUAGCACCACUGAAAAAACAAUAUGACAACGAGAGAGAGAAAGGAAAAUCUAAAAAAAAAUACAAUAAUCCAUAUUGUUACAAUGAAAUGCAACUUUUCACGACUUGAAACAUAUAUAUACUGUAUAUAGUUGCAACCACACUUUUUUUUGUUACUACUUUCACUACCAUUUUUAUUUUGUUCACAUGAUUGAUUUUUAAGGUGUGCAGGUAUCCUUAACUAGUCACUCAGCCCCCUAAUGUUUUUGGUUAUUUACGGUUGUUUGCUAACGUAUCCUUGAAUUCUGCACUUGGGACAAAUACCUGGGAGUGGGAAGGCUCCCAGGUAGAAGGCUGUGAAUGGCCAAGUGGUCUUGGCUUACAGCGUCAUAUUUUUCCCAAGAGCUGCCCCAAUUGUUCUACCGCCUCCAAGGAACAAGUGUAACGAGUUUAACACACUUAUAAAUAUUGAGUGCCAUUUCGCCCCUACUUUAAUAGUCUAUUGCUAGGUCAAUGUUACUUAGCAUUUCUUACGUGACACAACAUUCAAAAAUGAAUGUUUUUCCAUGCAUUUACUAUAUGCAUUCCCUCUUCUGUGAAUAAACUAUUCAUAUCCGUCUUCUGGGGACUUGAACCUCUUCUAACUUUGAACAAGCAUUUUUUUAUAUUAUAGAUACUACUCCUUUGUCGUCAUUGAUGCAAAUAUUUUCUAGCCUGUUGUUCUUUCUUGUUUUAUCCUAAUGUUCAAUGUGUCAUUCUAAUGGUUUUUUUAAUUGCUUCACUGCUGACAAAGUGAGCUUUCUGCUGCCCAUCUGAUACUUUUUUCUGCUAGUUUUGUACAAUUUCAUUUCAUAUUUCAUUCUCUGAUGACUAUCCCGAUUUUAUUUUGGCUUAUUUAUUUGGAGUAAAGUAUGGACAUAACUCACUACCACUGUCAUCGGUUGUUAUUAAUUCUGCAGUUACCAUUUAUUAAAUAAUUU